AUGGGUGUGAUAUUCUUACACUCAAAUCACAGCAAUGUGUUGGUUGAACGAGAAGGCUUCGCUUUCUUCUCUGAUAUCGAGUACGAGAAUAUACCGGUGCUUUGCUCACAUUGCAAGAAAAUAGGUCAUGAGGUACAAGACUGCAAAUUUCUGAAGAAAAUCACAGCUAAUACCAAUCCCAAGGGUCAAACUACUUAUGUGCCCAAAGUUACCAAUGUUAUUCCUUCUGCUCCGGUUAUCAUUAAAGCUACAGAAGUCAAUAUUGAAAGUGAUAGAAGAGACCUCAACACAAGCAAAAGGGUGGAUAUAGCAGCAGAUACUAAACAAAUGCUGGUGGAUACUAGAUUAGGCGAACAUAACCCUCUCAACUUUGUUUCGCAGUUGUCCGAAGAUUCAGACACUCAACUGUCUAAUUUUAUAGAAGCUACACCAGACAAGGUGGGUACUCUUUUAGUUGCUAAUAAUGCUGAUGCUAGUUUUUUAAAGAAUUCUUGGGGAAAUAUUGAGGAAAUUGAUAAAAGAAAUUCUAGGGGUGAAGGGGCUUUCAAAACAAAAGCAACAUUACACUACAAGGUCCCAAGCAGGCCUGAAGCAUAG